GGCCCGGGUCCCGCCGCUGCCGCUGCUGCUGCUCGCGCUGGCGGCCCGCGGGGGCUGCGCCGCGCCCGCGCCCCGCGCCGAGGAUCUCAGCCUGGGGGUGGAGUGGCUGAGCAGGUUCGGCUACCUGCCCGCGGCGGCAGACUCGGCGACGGGGCAGCUGCAGACCCAAGAGGAGCUGUCCAAGGCCAUCGGGGCCAUGCAGCGCUUCGCGGGCCUGGAGGCCACCGGCGUCCUGGACGAGGCCACCCUGGCCCUGAUGAAGACCCCGCGUUGCUCCCUGCCCGACCUCCCGGCCGCCGCCUCAGCUCGAAGGAGGCGCCAGGCCCCUGCCCCGACCAGGUGGAGCAAGAGGAACCUGUCGUGGAGGGUCCGCAGGUUCCCGCGGGACUCGCCCCUGGGCCGAGACACAGUGCGGGCACUCAUGCACUACGCCCUCAAGGUCUGGAGCGACAUCACCCCCCUGAACUUCCACGAGGUGGCGGGCAGUGCCGCCGACAUCCAGAUCGACUUCUCCAAGGCCGACCACAAUGACCGCUACCCCUUCGACGGCCCUGGCGGCACCGUGGCCCAUGCCUUCUUCCCGGGCGACCACCACACCGCCGGGGACACCCACUUUGACGAUGAUGAGGCCUGGACCUUCCGGUCCUCAGAUGCCCACGGCAUGGACCUGUUUGCGGUGGCUGUGCACGAGUUUGGCCACGCCAUCGGGCUGAGCCACGUGGCGGCCACGCGCUCCAUCAUGCAGCCCUACUACCUGGGGCCCGUGGGUGAUCCCCUGCACUACGGGCUCCCCUAUGCCGACCGGGUGCGCGCCUGGCAGCUGUACGGCGUGCGGGAGUCCGUGUCCCCCACGGCGCCGCCCGACAGCACAGAGCCGGAGGAGCCUGCCCUCCCGCCAGAGCCCCCGGACAACCGGUCCAGCACCCCGCCCAGGAAGGACGUGCCUCACAGGUGCACCACUCACUUUGACGCGGUGGCCCAGAUCCGUGGCGAGGCCUUCUUCUUCAAAGGCAAGUACUUCUGGCGGCUGACCCGGGACCGGCACCUGGUGUCGCUGCAGCCGGCGCAGAUGCACCGGUUCUGGCGGGGCCUGCCGUUGCACCUGGACGGCGUGGACGCCGUGUACGAGCGCGCCAUCGACCACAAGAUCGUCUUCUUCAAAGGAGACCGAUACUGGGUGUUUAAGGACACUAACGUAGAGGAAGGGUUCCCGCGGCCCGUCUCCGACUUCGGCCUCCCGCCAGGCGGCGUCGACGCCGCCCUCUCCUGGGCCCACAGUGACAAGACUUAUUUCUUUAAGGACCAGCUGUACUGGCGCUAUGAUGAGCACACGCGGCGCAUGGACCCCGGGCACCCGGCCCGCAGCCCCCCGUGGAGGGGUUUGCCCAGCACGCUGGACGACGCCAUGCGCUGGUCUGACGGGGCCGCCUACUUCUUCCGCGGCAGGGAGUACUGGAAGGUGCUGGACGGCGAGCCGGCCGCGGCGCCGGGCUACCCACAGUCCACGGCCCGGGACUGGCUGGUCUGCAGAGACGCGCAGGCCGACCCGGAGGGCGCGGGGGCAGAGGCCGGGGCCCACGCCCCACCCGGACAGCACGACCGGAGCCACUCGGAGGACGGCUACCAGGUGUGCGCCUGCAGCUCUGCGACCUCCCGUCCGCCCCAUGCCUGGCGCCCCCUGCUGGCCGCCGCGCUGCUGCCGCCGCUGAGCACCCUGUGGAGAGUGGCCCGGGCCCUGGUACUCUGACAGCCGCUGCCGGCCGGCAAGAGGACAGGCAGGCACAGCCCGGGGCCACCCAGGGCAAGGAGGAGCGCCCCCACCCACCAGCACCCAAAGCAAGAGCUCCUGAAGAGCAGGCGUGUCGCCUUGGGGACCCGGCCUUUGCAGCCCCUGAGCAGAGCCACCACUUCGGCCUGCCAGACGGAGCGGCCUCCUGGGUGCUGCCCCUGGGCUGGUUACUCUGACUUGUAGACACAGGAGCACCCUCCCCCUGCCUGUCUGGUGGGGACGGGAGACACUGUCCUUCCAGUCAGCAGACACUGCUCACACGGAACCUCACUGAUGGGCUGGGGACCUCUGCUCAGGGCCUGGAGCACAGCCCUGCCGGGGCCACCGCCCCCAUUGUGGCCACACUGCCCCUGGCCCCUGGUGCUUCCACCCACCGUGGGCUUGCUCAGGGCAGCCCCCAACACUCAGACGAGCUCCCGAACUGGGGCCACUGCCGGUCUCCCUUGUGACACCUACAGACAAACAGGACCUCCCUACUUCUUCCCUGCUCGGGCGAGGCUCCUUGAACCCCCCAGGUGGGGCCUGCAUGUGACCAUCCUCCAGGCCUGGAUCCCAGACUCACCUGCACUCGGGUGGCAGGGCUUCCCCCACCCUGGGUUCAUUGGCCCUGGCCUAUCCAGCAUUUCUGUGACGAGUCUGUGACCUGGGGUCUUUAUACCCAUUUCACAGAUGGGAGAGUGGAGGCCUGCUCUGGAAAUGCACCUUCUGCCUGCAGACAGGCCCACAGCCCACAGAGCUUGCUGGCAGAGCCCCUGCCUGGGCACACAGGACGUGCAGAAUGAGACAUGACCUGUCCUGGGGAGGUGCCUGGGACGUGGCAGGCAAGUCAGCGAGGGGCCUCAGGACCUCCAGGGAAGCUGCUGUGCCCUCGGCUCCUGCAGCCCCGGCUCCCUGUCAGGACGGCGCCUCCCCCCCACCCAGAGGGGCAGAAGGAGCCCAGCUGGCAGGGAGCCCUGUGCUUGUGGGGUGGGCGAUGCUCCAGGAGGGGCCUCUCAGUACCUGG